AGGCUCAGACAUUGGCCCAAGAUCGCAAGACUCAAGAGGAGUCAGUAGUUGCCGAGGUGUCAGGAUGUCGGUGGAUGCAACUGUCUUGGCGGCCUUCAAAAAGUUUGACAAGGACAAAACUGGCAGCAUCAGCCGUGAAGAGCUUGCAGCCGUGUUGCAGACUCUUGACCCUGUGGAAUGGGACAAUGAUGCCAUUGAUCACCUCUUGACGCAAGCAGACUCCAGUGGUGAUGGGGAGCUGCAAAUCCAGGAGUUUGUGAGCUGGGUCUUCGCCGAGAACUACAAAUCCGUGGGUGUUGGCCCUCACGCCGGAACCGGAGAUAACUGUUUGGUCAUCUCCGGCUGCUCUCGAGAUGAGUUGAAUGGAGUGUAUGUGCAAAUGAGAGACAAACACUAUUGCCAUCGCCCCGUUUUCUUGUUCGCCGCAAAGAGUCGAUUCCUUUUCUACCAAUCCAAGCGGCAGCAGUGGCAAGUCCACCAUGAAUGUAGCAUGAAGGCUAGCUGCCGACUACAAACCAAGCGUGCCCCACAUCUGGGCGGUACUUGGAGUGUUUGGAAGCAGACCGGGGACGCCAGCUCUUUUGUGGAAGAGCCAGAGAUGGGUUGCGCUUUGCAACAGUUGUCGGCUGAGGAGCAAAUUUCCAAAGCUGCCAAAGCGAUAGUGGUCAGAGAGCCGAGUAGCGUGAAAGGCUGUUUUCUCAGGCAAGAAGAACUUGUGAAUGGUAGGCCCUUGUACUUCAAGGACAAAUGGGGUGGCCAGUGCAUUGUCUACUUCGCAGAGGAGGAAAUUUGGGGCCUUGUCAGCGGAAAGCCCGGGGCUUGUGGUGAUCUCAAGUUCGCCAUGAGUGAUACAACCCAAGGCUACUCUCCAGAUUUAGUAUCAUGGAGACUUCGAGACGAUGAUGAUAUCGACCUUGUCGCUGCAGACCCAUCGACCGGCGCAGCCAGCCUCAAUGUGCCUGAAGGUUGGAAGGACCCAGAAAUGCCACACACACUAGAGAGCAUUGGAAAAGGUAAGGAAGUGCAGUGGAUGAGGGCUUUGGCGAUGACACCAUGCCCGGUACUCUUUGGAGAUGAUUGUAGGCCUCAAGAUGCUUGUCAGGGAAAGAUGGGCGAUUGUUGGCUGGUGGCAGCCAUCGCUUCUAUGAUGGAAUUUCCUGGUUACAUCCAAGAGAAGAUCUUCCUCACUAAGGAACUUGCACUCGACGGCAAGUAUGAAAUCACGCUCUAUGAUUGGAAAACGGAUACCUGGCCGGUGAUCCAGGUUGAUGACUAUUUGCCCGUGGGCUUUCGCUGGGACACCUGGGAACCACCAAGACCACAGUUUGCCAGCAUCCCGGAUGGCAAGCUCUACGUUGCGCUCCUGGAGAAAGCCUUUGCCAAGCAUCGCCGGGGUGGAGCUUGCUAUCAGGACCUUUCAACCGGCGAUGCCUGCGAAGGUAUCGUGGCAAUGACUGGAUGCUUGGAGAGGACAUGGUACCAUGCUACGGAUUGGAAGGAGCAUCACCCAGAGAGACCACCCAAGUGGGUUGUGACUGCGAAUGAAGGUGUGGCGGUUCAUGCCGAGUGUCCCAAGACGACUGAGAAGCUUGGCCAGCUGUCUCAGGGUGCAAACUUUCAGGAGGUGGCGCGCGAUGGCGGCCGCAUUCAAUUCAAAAAGAUCAGUGGUGAUGGUCCAGAAGAGGGUUGGUUGUCUUGGUAUGUGGCUGGACAGAAGGUUGCAAAGCGCUGCAGCGAGUUGCGAUGGUUCAAGGACGUGGGAAAGGUUAGCAAGGAGAAGCAGCACCUUGCUGAGGGCUUGGAAUAUGACGAGAGGAAUCUACCGGUCGAGGACAUGUGGCCGAUUCUCUGUGAGCUCGACCAGGCAAACUUCCCCCUCGUGACGGGUGUGUACUAUCAAGAGGACGAGUGGAACAAGAAGGCGAACAAUAAGCAGGGCCUCAAGACGCACCAUGCAUAUUCCCUCUUGGGCGCCAAGGAGGUGGACGGCGUGAAGUUGGUUUGUAUCCGAAAUCCAUGGGGAGGCGCCAAGGAGUGGAAAGGACCAUGGGGUGAUCAGCAAGAAGAGUGGACAACACAUCCAAAAGUAUCAGAGGAGCUCGCGAGCUUCGAGGAGUCGUGUCGAACCAUACCAAACUCCUUGGCGGUUUCACGUGUUUUGUUCUCCCCAUGGGAUGGUUCAUAUGUAUCUACUAUGCCUCAUGGUUGAGCACCACAAAACAUUCAAACCUUGCAAUUUGCAAGCCACUAAAAGUAGCCAAACGCAAAGCACCCGCCGUGCCCAUUCCACACUGUCAGGCAGAUGGCACUUGGUGGAUGGAUUGGGAAGACUUCCAGUGGAUUUGCGGUGAAGUUACAGUGGUGCCGCAUUGCAUGCCUUCAAAACGUGGUCCUCCGACGAAAGUCGAGUAGACUGACAUCUAGCAGUCAGUGCGAAAGCAGAACACCUGCGUGGCGCGCUCGGAAGCUGC